AUGUCGCUGCCCUACACCCUUACGGAUGUGUACGAAAAGGUGAUGGGACCUACUAUGUGGAACCAUAUGCAAGCACGGAUGUCGGCUCGCUCGCGCGUGACAAAUCUUGGCGUCGCCUUGCUUCUUGGCGCGCUGGCCCUGUCUUUGCUCUUUAAUUUUCGUCGUCCCACCGUUUUCGUUGAGGUGCCGCGUGUCCUUGCUGCCAAGGACGAUUGCAAAAAGAAGGACUUCCACAUGCGCGAUGCGCUUCCCAAAUACCCAGGUGAGGAUAAGCAACCUUUGCAACAUUUGGUCAUUGUCGCUGGCCAUGCUAUUUGGAGUACGUUGACAUGUCAUGAUCUGACACACACAGAGGAAAAUGAUCCUGCAUUCAUGCUGAAUGACUCGAGCUGGUUCCUUGAGCCGUACCAGCGGGACGGCGCAGUCAAGACGUUUAUACAGCAUAUCAAAGAAGGCGUCAAAAUCGCGGCAGCCGACCCUACUAGUUUGCUUGUUUUUAGCGGCGGUCAGACACGCAACCAAGCUUGGUCUACCGAGGCUGAGUCGUAUUACCGACUGGCUCUUCAGCUGCCACACGAGCUUCCGCGGUUCGCUAAGCUGGAUGACGAUUACUCUACUACAAAGCUUCCCUUCCAGCCUCUCAAGACAGGCAUGGAUAUACCAACCCAGGAGACUGCUCCAAAGCUGGCCUCUGGUUCCCAGGGCAUUGAUCGCUCCUUGGACCUGAGCCGCCUUCGGAUGACCACAGAAAACUUUGCCCUCGACAGUUUCCAGAACUUGCUCUUCAGCAUUGCGCGUUUCUACGAAUACACUAACAGGUAUCCGGAACGUAUCACGGUCGUCAGUUACGCCUUCAAGAAGAAGCGCUUUGUGGAAUUACAUGCGAAGGCAUUGCGCUGGCCUACACGCUCGUCCAUGAUAGGCGGCACGAGCCGAUUCACCUACGUCGGUAUUGAUGAUGAGGGUAGCGAGCACAAGGCUCCGGAAGACAAUGCGUAUAAAUCUUUUGAAGUCGAUAUGUAUGGGUGCUGGGGUCGCUUGCAAGAGAAGCGCAAACGACGCAAUGCCAACCGAAGACUUCCGCCUUAUACAGCCACGGCGCCUCAGCUCGGGCUCCUUCUCGACUGGUGUCCAGAAUACAAUUCGCGCCUGCAGGGCCUAUUCAAUGGCUGGCUUCCAUGGGAUGAACGUGUCCUGAAUGCAAUGGGCCGCGGUGCACAGGCCAUGCUCGAACAAAAUGGCGGCAAACUACCUCAGGCCGAGUAUUUGCCAGAUGGGAAAAAGAUCGUUUAG